AUGGUCGAAAACCUGACUAUUCUUGACGCCCAUUUGAAAUAUACAUUAAAAAACGACGAAAAAAACAAGAAUUACGAUGACGGAGGCGAAGACAACAAAGGCGACGACGGCAAUGGCAAAGACGGCAAUGACAACUCAAAACCCAAAACUGUAAAUGCAAAAAUUCAACAUCCAAGUAAUCCGAAUGACUUCCUGAUACUAACGUUUGAAGAAAAAAUUCCUGGCAAAUCCGGACCUUAUAAGUUGGUUAUGAAAUAUAAUGGAACAUUGAACGAUAAUUUACGUGGAUUCUACAGAAGUAGUUACAACGAUUCGAAAACCAUACAAUGGCUUGCAACGACCCAUUUUGAGCCGGUAGGCGCAAGACUAGCUUUUCCUUGCUGGGAUGAACCUGCAAUAAAAGCAACAUUCGACAUCACUAUUAAAAAUCCGGAGGAUUAUUCAGCAAUCUCAAAUAUGAAUAUGAAGUCGGGUAGUGGCCAGGUGAACAAGGACACAAAAAUAAGAACAACGGAAUUUGAACAGACACCAAUAAUGUCCACUUACCUCGUGGCAUUUGUAGUCUCAAAAUUUCAAAAUAAGAUACAUAGUAAAGAUACGAAUUUUGCCGUAUGGACGAGGCCCAAUGUAAUUGACAGCGCGGAGUAUGCCGUUCAGUACGGAAGAAAUGUAUUGGACAACUUGGAAGAAUUCACUGGAUAUAAAUACUACAAAUCUAAGGAAAACGACCCGUCGAUGAAUAUGGCGAAGAUGGAUCAAAUUAGCAUCCCUCAGUUUGCAGCGGGCGCCAUGGAGAAUUGGGGUCUGGUGACGUACAGGGAAUCUGCUCUUCUCUACACGGCAAACGUUACCACCACGCAAGCUAAGCACGAUAUAGCAAAAGUGAUAUCUCAUGAGUUUUCUCAUCAGUGGUUUGGUAAUUUGGUGACUCCUGAGUGGUGGAAUUAUAUCUGGCUAAACGAAGGCUUUGCCACUUUCUUCCAAUAUUUUACCACUGAGAGUGUUAAUGAAGCUGAAAAAGAGAUACCUUGGCGUCUUAUGGAACAAUUUGUCGUUAAAAAUCUGCAAGAGUCUGCAUUCGUCAGCGACGGAACUAUCUACACUCGUAAGAUGAAUCAGGACGUGGGGCGUAAUGAAGAUAUUAAUAAAUUGUUCGACAACAUUGCCUACAAGAAAGCUGCUUCUGUUAUUCGUAUGAUGCAACACUUCAUGACAGAAGAUUAUUUUAAAGAGGGACUCCAAAAGUAUCUGAAAGAGAACCACUUCACAUCUGUUACACCUGAGAAGCUCUUCAAAGCCAUGAAUGACACACUUGGAAAGAAAGACGCACCCGUAUUACCAGCCAGUGUUGCCGACAUCAUGGCAACUUGGGUCGAUCAAGAAGGAUAUCCUGUUGUAACAGUCGAAAGAAACGCAAAUAACGACGAUAUAACAUUGAAACAGGAGCGAUUCUUCUUGACGAGAGAAAGACCUUGGGAGAAAGCAAAAAAACCGUUAUGGUACAUACCAAUUAACUAUGUCACGGAUGACUCAAUAAAAAGUAAUGACACCUCGGCAAAGGAAUGGAUGGACAACAAAGUAGAGAAAGAUGGAAACUCGACAACGCUUACGAUCAAAGGCCUGAAAACAAAAAAAUGGUGGAUUUUCAAUAAUCUUCAGACAGGAUAUUACCGCGUGAACUACGAUGAUACUAACUGGGAAACUUUGGCGACACUCUUGAACUCGGACAAUUACACGCACAUCCUUCCAGUCAGUCGCGCCCAGUUGAUCGACGAUUCGCUGAAUCUCGCGCGCGGAGGAUAUUUGAGUUACGACGUGGCGUUGCAGUUCACCCUCUAUCUCGAAAGAGAAAUCGAUUACAUUCCAUGGUAUGCGGCUGCCAGAUCUUUUGAUUAUAUGGACCGCAUGUUGCAGAAUAUGGAGAACUACGACAUCUUACAGAAAUACAUAGUUCAGAGGAUAAACAAAUUUGUGGAGAAUGUUGGACUCAAUGACGUGCCGACAAAUAAUACGGAUAUCUUGAAAAUUAGCAGAGAAUUUGCGCUCACUACGGCUUGUAGGUACGGACACAAAGCCUGCCAGAAAUACGCCGAUGAGCAGCUGAAAAAUUGGCUGGAAGACGAGAACAAAGUGCCGACAGAUAUGCGAGAAGGAGUCCUUUGCGCGGGACUGCGACACGCAGACCAGAAUACAUGGAACAAGACUCUGAAUAAAUAUGAAGGUGCCGCCGAAGACGAGAAAAAGAUGAUCCUGAACGGUCUCGGAUGCUCUCAAUCUAAUAAGAUCUUACGGAUCUUCCUCGAAGAAUCGCUCAAGAGAGAUAAUAUGGACAUCUUCAAGACGUUGAACGCGAUAUGCAUGAAUAACGCUGGAUCCUUCGACAUAAUCAUAAACUUCCUAAACGAAAAUAUCGACCAGAUCCUAGAAAAGGAUAACAACAGGGAGAAAAUGACCGCACACCUCAAUAAUCUUUCCACUAGGAUCAUCAACCACGAGCAAUACGGACAGCUGGUUCUUUUUGUACUGCGGCAUAAGGACGUACUCGACAAUCGUAAUGUUAAUUUCAAUGGAAUGAAUAAAGGAAGAAAUAAUAUUGAUUGGAUCGAGGAAUCCCAGGAUAAGGUCUCCAAGUGGCUGACUGAUAAUUACCAUGAAAACUCCGCAACUUCCUUCACAGCGAUGACGUUCCUCAUUGGCAUGACAUUCCUGAGACUACUGUUCAAGAUUGCGCUAACAUUCGUCGUUGCGACUGCUCUUCCCCUUGACGAUGAUUCGGGAAACGAUUCGCAGACCGCAAAGGUUAAUUACCGUUUGCCGGACAAUGUGACACCAGUUCACUACAACAUCAAGUUGAUACCGCAUAUCGUGGAGGAUAAUUUCACUUUCAAUGGCGAGAUAAAUGUUGACAUCGUGAUCUGUCGCGUGACACGAGACAUACGUUUGCACGCAUUGCAGUUGACAAUAGACGAGGAUGCGACGUCGUUGGUCGACAGUGAAGGUGUCGUUUACACACCGAGAGAGCAUGAUCUACGAAACGUAACGCAAAUGUUGGUCCUCGAUUUUGACGACGAGCUACCACCCGGACAUUAUACUCUAAAUAUAAAGUUCGUUGGCAUUCUGAAUGACGAUUUGGAGGGCUUCUUUAGAACGUCGUAUCAAAACGAGCAGAAUGACACAGUGUGGAUAGCUGUAACGCUCUUCGAGGCGACCUCGGCGCGUCGAGCAUUCCCAUGCUGGGACGAGCCGGCAUUAAAGGCCACCUUCAACAUCUCCAUAAAGCAUCAUCGAAACUACACAGCUCUGUCAAAUAUGCCGGCGCGGGUGCAUUCGGAAGGAAGCGACGAAGACGGCAUGAUAUGGACGCAUUUCGACACGACUCCCGUCAUGUCCACGUAUCUCGUGGCGUUCGUAGUGUUGUACGAUUAUGUUCGCGUUCCUAACGCAGACGGAACCGUCAACAUGUGGUCUAGAUCGCAAUUAGCGCCGCACUCAGCAUUCGCGCAACAGAUUGCCGAGCGAAGUGAAAAACUGUUGACGCAGUACACCAAUAGUACCGACAAAGUUCCAAAAAUGGACCACGUAUCAUCGCCGGAUUUCUUAACCGGUGCCAUGGAGAAUUGGGGACUCAUCAUUUACACAGAAAACGAUUUCACGUAUAAUGAAGCAAAAGAUACCACAAAACAUAAGCAUUGGGUAGCGGUGGUAGUGGCGCACGAAAUGGCCCAUCAGUGGUUUAGCAAUGUAGUCAGCCCGUUAUGGUGGACCUACGUAUGGUUAAACGAAGGAUUUGCAUCUUUCUUCGAAUCCUAUAUUCUCAAUAUGAUGUUCGAAGAUUGGCGAAUGAUGGACCUCUUUGUGGUCGAAAAACAGCAUAGCGCUUUUCAUUUCGACGUUGCUAAGCAAGUGAUGCCUGUUACAGCAAAAGUCAAUAGUCCUGACGAAAUUAAGUCGCUCUUUACACUCAUCAGUUACCGCAAAGCUCCUGUUAUCUUGCGGAUGUUGCAACAUAUUAUCACUGACCAAGUGUUCCGGAACGGUCUUAUAAGAUAUUUAAAUACCCACCAGUUCAGUUCGGCUACUUCCGACGAUUUAUGGAACGCCUUACAAGCAGCUCUAGAUGAAUCAGACGUUCCGCACAAUGACUACAUAUUAAAAGACGUAAUGGAUACCUGGACAACACAAAGGCAUUAUCCUGUGUUACACGUGAUCCGAAACUAUGACACUGGCGAGGUAAUACUGAAGCAAGAACAUUUCCGUCCUGAUAUGGAAACCGACGAAAAGGAAACAAUUGACGGAGAUAAAUGGUGGAUACCUAUAACUUUUGCUACACAAUCGAGUCCUGACUUCUUUAACACUGUGCCCACUCAUUGGCUGAGACCGCAAGAUGAAAAUAUAACUAUUAGCGGAAUUGACCCAAAUGACUGGAUCAUAGUAAACUUACAACAGAUGGGAUACUACCUCGUCAAUUACGAUGCUACGAAUUGGAAAAAAAUUUCGGACUACCUUCAGUCAGACGAUUAUACGAAGAUACACGUGCUCAAUCGGGCUCAGUUGAUUAAUGACGCGUAUCAUCUUCUGAGGGCGAAUCAACUCAACCUCACCACGUUUCUGGAUAUCGCGGCUUACCUGAAGAAGGAGACGGAGUAUAUACCGUGGUGUGCUAUGUUCGCUAUUUUCAACGAAGUGAUCGGUGUCUUUAACAUACCAGGAGGCGAGUAUCUCAAGGAAUCUAUGUUCGAAAUGGUGAACGGUCUCGUUGAGAACGUAGGAUACGAAGAAAGUCCUACCGAGGAUGAUUUUACGAAGCUUAAGCGAGUCGAAGCCUUGAAAUGGGCUUGCCACUUCGGUCACCCCCAGUGCAGAAGAAUGGCCACUGCAAAACUGAUCGAAUAUCUCGACGACCCCGAAGGCCGCAAGAUUCCGCCCAAUCUGAAGGAAUGGACGUUAUGUAACGGUAUGUCGAACGCAAGUUUACCUAGCUGGAACAAAAUGAGGGACAUGUACAUCAAGACUUCGGACGAUGCGUUUCUAUUUUACAUGGCAUGCUCUGAAGAUCCUGAUAUCAUCAUCAGAUAUUUGAAAAUAAACGAUUCACUAGCAGAUGACUUCACGUACGAUUAUACAAUCUAUUCCGGAGCUGUAUCGAAACAUGCAAACAAGGAUCCAAUAUUUAACUAUAUUUUAGCGAAUUUGGAUCAAAUUACUUCCAGAGGAAUCAAGAUACAGCAUGCAUUAGGUGAUGUUAUCAACAAUGUAUAUUCCAAGGAAAAACUUGAUCAGAUAAACGAGUUCGUGAAAAAUAAUUACAAAGAAGACAAAGAAUUACUGAAAUACAUUGAGGCAAAGACGAACACUCGCUUAAUUGUAUUGUUAAAUACAUACAAAUUUAUAAAAACUGUAAACGGAGUUUCGUGAAAAUAAA